UGGCUUUUAUUUUUUGUAGGCCUAUCGCUCCGUCAAACACUUUGUGCACAAAUUACAAAAAUAAACGAAAUUAUUUACAUUUUUAAUGCAGACUACAAUCAUUAAAUGUGUAAUUUUAAUGCAACAUUAAGUUUCAGAUCAACUUUCAGUAUGAGACAUGGGGAGUGCAGGGUGGAGACUGCAGCUGGUGGAUGGGUGGGUGUGCAGAAGUUGAAAAGAGGAGGAGAUGAGAGGAGAGGACACCUCAGAGCGCACAGAGGCUGGAAGGUCUCAGCAUGUUCAGAAGGAGUCAUUAGGACUGGACAAACCCUGACAGAAGCGCUGCAUAAAUCCUCACAUUUACGCAGUAGGUUUGACUCCAUGUAGGAGGAAGAAGCAUGUUGACACCGUUCUGGUCCUUUGGCGUUGAGCAGGAGAUCAACUCAUGGGAUGUAGCGGCUGCAGAGUCGGGCUCAACUCCGGGAAGGUGCUCUCCAAAGUCUCCGUGUUCUUUACCAUGGUCCUGAUCUUCACCUACUUCUUCUACUGCCUCGCGGGACUCUGCGACUCGGCUCCGAGGACCUUCUACAGCCAGAGGGCUUCGGACGGGGACUAUGACGUGUCGGAGGAGCUGCGGACGCCCCCGACCCAUCAUCACCCGAACCGCAMGGAGUCCGAGGACGCGCAGCGGCAGCAGGUGGACGCGGACCCGCAGCUCCUGACUCCCCAGAGCGACACGGACAGACACGGCAUCCCCGUGUCCAACACCUUCGGGACGAAAAAACUUCCGCAGGCCAUCAUCAUCGGCGUGAAGAAAGGAGGCACGCGCGCCCUGCUGGAGUUCCUGCGCAUCCACCCGGACGUCAGGGCGUUCGGUGCMGAGCCGCACUUCUUCGACAGGUUCUAUGACAAGGGCCUGGAGUGGUACAGGAACUUGAUGCCCCGGACUCUGGACGGGCAGAUCACCAUAGAGAAGACGCCCAGCUACUUUGUCACGAAGGAAGCUCCCGGCCGCGUGUGCACCAUGAACUGCCAGACCAAGCUCAUCGUAGUGGUCAGGGAUCCGGUAACACGUGCUGUGUCUGACUACACCCAGACUCUGUCCAAGAACCCGGGCCUCCCGUCCUUCCAGAGCUUGGCCCUAAAGAACUCCUCCACUGGCUCCAUCGACACGACGUGGAGCGCCCUGCGCAUCGGCCUGUACGCCACGCACCUGGAGCACUGGCUACAGCACUUCCCCUUGUCUCACUUCCUGUUUGUCAGCGGCGAGCGGCUGGUGUCCGAUCCGGCAGGGGAGAUGGGUCGGGUUCAGGACUUCCUGGGCCUGAAAAGGGUCAUUUCAGACAAACAUUUCUACUUCAACCAGACUAAAGGCUUCCCCUGCCUGAAGAAGCCUGAGGGGAGCAGCAGACCUCGCUGUCUUGGAAAGUCCAAGGGCAGACCUCACCCCCAGAUCCCRUCUGAGGUCCUGCAGAGACUCAGAGACUUCUACCGGCCGAUCAACCACCGGUUCUACCAGAUGAGCGGACAAGACUUUGGCUGGGACUAAGAGAGAUUAGACAAAAGGGUCUUACUUUGCGUUUAUUUACAGUUUUCAGAGGGCUCAGCUUCUCAGGGAGGGGUAGAGACCAYGUUUAUUUUCUCUGUGGGAUCAACGACUCCUAAACAGUUUUACUGUAGAGCAGGAGCUGAGGACCGAGUCCUGCCAGUCUAUAAACAUUUCCUGACCAUUCUGUCACARAUAAAGGCUGUCCUCUUGGUUAAAAGAUUGACUUUAUUCACCUUUUUAUACUUUGUUAAUAAGAUGAGCUCUUAUUUAUAGUUUAUGAUKAUAUAAAAAGUUGCAUAUUUUUUAUGAAAACAUUUUAUUUAUUGUCAUGUUUUGUUUAUUACAUGGCAAACGUACUGGCAUGUUAACUGACAGGACAUUGAGGAUAAUGUCGUGACACAUUUAUUAAUUAAUGCUUUUACAGUUUUAAAAUGCAUAUUUGACGUAAUUUGCUUAAAGGUUGAAGUUGUUUUUUUCUGUAGAUUGCAGUUGGUACGCCAGUUAAUACCUCAUAUGUAAAUAUUGGAUUGAAAUGUAUUCGAUUUGUAGGAAAUUGUAGUUGUUUUCAACCAAAGUAACAAAUUUUCUAACUGUAUCAGCUGUUUGCUCAACAUAAGUUAUUUUCAAAUCAAUCAUUAUUUUUGAACCUGCAUCAGUAAAAGUGAUGUGAAUAAAAACUGUUUUGACUUUG